CGGUGACAGGUGAGUAAAAGUCAACCUUAGAGUCAGCAGAAGCACAGUGCAGGAUGAUGGGAAGGCUAACUCUCCUCCUGCUGUGGCUGACUGCAGUGUUAGUGAUGAAUAUAAUGGGAAAUACUGCAGAAACCGUGGAAGUUGAACCCCUGGUAAGAAACUUCACCAACCAGUUUCUAAAAGUCAUCCCUCCUAAUGACAGCAACUCCAGUGUUACUAAACUGGUGAUGGACGGGAACCUGAUUUCUCUGAAUGAGAUGGACCAACUGGCUCUAGCUAGCUAUCCCUCACUGCUAGAACUCCACCUGGAGAGGAACCUGAUCACUGCUGUUCCAGCCGACUACUUCUCUGAACUCCCUCACCUCAGAGUGCUGUCUCUGGCCAGGAACAAUAUCAGCAGCCUGGACCCUGAGGCUUUCUCUGGCCUGGAUGUCCUGACAGAGCUGGACCUGUCCUUUAACCUGCUGACCAGUCUUCCUGCACAGCUCAUCAGAGGGCUAAAUGACCUACAGAUGCUGAACCUACAGGGAAACCCCUGGAACUGUUCCUGUCCACUGCUGAGCACCAUUGGAGAGAAUACCGCAGCACACCUGACCAUUGGGGGACCAGGAGUCAUCUGUGCAUCUCCAGAAAAGCAGGCUGGAAGCAGUCUUUUGGAGGCUACAGCUCUGUUUUCUGCAUCGUCACUACCCACCAUCACUACAGAUCAACAGCUGUCAACAUCAGCCCACUCUCAACAGCCAAUCACUAUCCUGAAGACCACACUGUCAUCAGGCCAGAACCACAGCACCAGCAAAGACCGGACACCAGCGCUUGGGAACUCAUGGAAGUUCACAGUAUGUGUUGCAGCCUUGGCAGUAACAACCUCCAUCCUCAUCGUAUGUGCCAUCAAGGGCCCUUCCUGGUAUAAGCUCUUCGACAACUACCGCCAUCGGCGUCUCCAGCCAGAGGACGAGGGGGAGGACGGCAUGGUGUCCACAGUGUUCUCAGACAUAGGAAGAGACCUGAACCACCAGACAUUCACUUUUGAGCAACAGAAUGGGCAGAUAGGGAAGGAAGACGAGGAGGAUGGGUACUUUGAGGAUCCAUAUUUCAGGAGAGAUGAGUGACAUCAAGAUAAAGGGAGGAGAUUGUAGCAGAACCAAGACAAGAAGAUGCAAACAGCAAACAUAAGGAGCUUUUCAGCUUUCCUUUUCAGUAAAAGGAAAACGUGUCACGUGUGUUCUGUAAAACUAGGAGGACAAUGAGGGACUGUUUUAUAGCACCAGUAGAGCAUACGAUAAGGGACAUGCAGCAUACAUAAUGUUAGGUCCUUAACCUGAAUAAAAUUAGCUCACUAUUUAUUUUCCACAGACUGUCAAGUAUUAAAACAGUAAGGGUCACUAAAACCAAGCUCAGUGGUUCCUACUGGAAAAACUUUUUGCACAGUUUCAACACAUUUCCUCUGCUCCAUCGCACCAAGACAAAAACACCUGAAGUAACUACCAUAACAUGGGCGACCUCUGGGAGCGCUAUGAAUGUGUUUUUCUUCCAGUGGUUCCUGCAAAUGAUCAGCUAUAAAGUCCUAUAAGUUGUGGUGAAAACUGGCCAGAAUGUUAGCAAAGCCUCAUAAAAGGCAGGAAGACUGUAAGCUGGUGAACAUGGAUAGAAACAAUAUUCCUUUUAAAAUACUUUAAAAAUGGCUUUGCAAGUUUUUUGUGAGUAGAGGAAUGCACUUGGCAUGCUUUUUAGAGCACAAUGACAUACACAAUGUAUUUUAAGGAGUGACAUUUAAUUAUUUUUUUAACAUAUUAGUAACUCCACAAGGUACCUUUAAGAUUACACUCCAGCUUGUCAAUUAUCUCUGAAACUGCAAGGCGGUUUAGUUAAUUAGCUGUUUUCCAAUGCAGGAACUUGUGUGUUAUUUUGUUGGUUUCUGAGCAAUCCUAAGAAACUGAAGGAUAGGUUUUUACAGUGACUGAUUAAACUUGGAGAGGACAACAAAUGCUAUAGUUUCUGCUCUCUCAAUGUCAAAUAGCAGUCUUCUCUAAAAUUGUCUAUAUAAACUAAAAUAACAAACCCCUAUUGUUCUACUUCCUAUGUGCUCAUGGAACUGGGAUUAUGUCCACUAACUACUGCUGAAGCUGGUACGUCCAACACUGCAAUAAAAACAGACAGCCUGAGAUGGCCAAUUAGGUGGCUCUUCCUGAAGAAGUUCAUGUCACUUUGCACCUGUCCUGAGAUCCAGCAGUGGAAAGCCUCCUAAUGUUUGCUCUUCAGGAUGUGAUGCAGAAUUGGUGCUGCCCAACACUAACCCUAACCGUCUUUAACUCCUUCUAGCUUCUUGGUCGUUAGUUAGAUAUUGCACUUUUGAAUAUCAAAAACUAUAUUGCACUUUUUGUGUAUCAAAAGCUGGGACAAAUAUUACAUCUAACUUAAAUAAUGUAAUUCCUGAAUAUGAACCUGUGUCUUCAUGUGUAAUAAACGAAACAACACUUGGA